GAGAGAGGUGUGUUUGUGCUUUUGAGAGGAGAGAAGAAGGUUAUUUAUUCUAGAAUGUAUUUGACACGCUGAAGGAACACUGAUGGCUUUCUUCAACCCUCUGUGUGUGGCAGCUCUUCUGACUCUGCUGAUCCAAGGAUCUCAAUCACAGAUAGCAGUUUGCGGCAGGCCCACUUUGAAUAGCACGAUUGUUGGUGUAAAUGCUGAUGCAGGUAGAUGGCCCUGGCAGGCCAGUUUGCACCACAGGUUUGUACAAGGACCUGAAUGUGGAGGAUCCCUCAUAAACAACAGAUGGGUGUUGACCGCAGCUCACUGUACCACAGGCACCACACCGAGUCAGUGGACUGUGUAUCUGGGUCGUCUGGUUCAAAAGGGACCCAACCCUAACGAGGAGGUGCGACGAUCAGUAACACGCAUCAUUCAGCAUCCUAACUUUGUUUUGGCUACCUACAACAAUGACAUCAGCCUCAUGCAGCUCUCAGAGGACGUGAAUUUCACAGACUACAUCAUGCCAGCGUGCCUGGCAGCAUCGGGCAGCACCUUCACCGACGGCACCGACACCUACGUCACUGGCUGGGGGAGGAUCAGUGCAGCAGAAUCGGUUCCCUCCUCAAGGCUUCGGCAGUUGCUGUUGCCGGUUGUUGGUCCCAGGAGAUGCAAAUGUGACUACGUUGGAGUUUCAGACAUCAACGACAACAUGAUCUGUGCUGGACGUCCUCAGGGUGGGAUGGAUGCCUGCAAGGGUGACUCAGGUGGUCCGAUGGUGAUCAAUGAUGGCAAUAUUUGGACCCAGGGUGGAAUUGUGAGCUUUGGGAAGGGUUGUGGCCGGCCUAAUUUCCCUGGAGUCUACACCAGAGUGUCUGCGUAUGAGGACUGGAUUAAAAGUCACAUCACCUCAAACCAGCCUGGCUUCAUCAUCUACACAUCCACUGGGACCGACAGUGACCUCAGUGUCUCCUGUCCUGAAGUGCCGCCACUUCCAAGCACCUGAAAACUCACUAUCACACCUCCAACCGUCACUGUAAACCACCACCACUGCAGGUGCAGGUAAAAAAAUAAUACAAUUCAAGCCCCUCCUACAACCCAGUGAGAGCAUUUUUCCAUUAAAGAAAUCUACAGUCACCAUUGAAAAGAUGUUCAAAAUUGAGGGUUUUUUUCACCAUUUGUUUUUAGUGAGAUUUUGAAUAGUGAUUUUUUUUUUUUAACUUGUAAAAUGAGUCAAUUUUAGCAAAUCAUAGUUUUGAAGUUUUUUUCACCUUUAUUUAACCCUCUGGGGUCCAAGGGCAUUUUUUGGACAGUUCACUUGCCUGGCAUAAAUGUUUUAUUAUUGCUGUUAACAGCUCUCCC